CAAUCCGAAGAAAAGUUGUAGAAUGAGCAUCAACGGCUUGGAAGAUCAGAGGUUGAAAGGGUUACAGGAUCUGGCCGCGAUAGGAGAUGUCGUUAAAUUAUUUUCAGAACUCACGAAGGAUCCAUAUGUUUUGGAGGAUAUUGAAAAGAUACCAUUAGUGACUACUCCCUUACACACAGCUGUAAGCCAAGGAAAGAUCCAUUUCGCCAAGGAAAUAGUAAACUUAAAGCCAUCAUUUGCUUGGAAGCGAGACGAACGAGGGCUUAGCCCCCUCCAUUUGGCUUUGGAAGGGAAGCACCUGCAGGAAGGGCAGAAUCCUCGUGAUCCAGAUUUGGAGUGGGAGUACCAGGAACUUAUAACUUGGAUGAUUAAACAUGACAGUGGGCUUGUCCGUGUUAAAGCAAUGGGAUUGGUUACUCCUUUGCACUAUGCAGCUCAAGUAGACGAUGAAUCCAGCUUGGCUGAGUUUUUGCAUGUUUUUCCAUCAUCAAUCGAAGAUUUGACUGUUAAAUCUGAAACUGCUGUCCAUGUCGCCAUAAAAAACGGGAGUUUCAAAGCCUUUAAAGUCUUGUUAGGAUGGCUUCGACGCUUCGACAAACUGGAGAUCCUGAACAGGGAGGACGAAGAAGGAAACAAUGCAUUGCAUACUGCAGUAUCUGCAAGUAAAGCUGAGAUGGUGACGCUGUUGCUUCGAUAUAUGGGAGUGAAUGAAAGGAACAGUAAAGGCUUGACAGCUUUGGACGUGUUCAACGAUCGCCAAGGUCAAGGUUCGCUAGAUGCAGCAGUUGGGGACAUUCUACUUGCUACUAAAGCUAAAACUGCAUCUCAACUCCAUCGUCCUUCACAAAAAAUUUCACUAGUCGAGAAGUUUUCAGGUGGCUUUUCGUUUUCAGAAAAACUUCGGCUAAUCUUUGGUAUGGGUUACCGACGCGUUGAUGAAAUUUCUCUUGUUGAAGUCCGAAACGCACUGCUUGUGGUAGGUGCAUUGGUAGCCGCAGCCACCUAUCAAGUUCCACUAAGCCCCCCCGGAGGAUUUUGGCAAGAUAACGGCAAUCUGCAGCCAGCAGCCAACAACGCUACUAUCAGUAACAACAGCACCACCACCACCGUCUCUAGUACAGGGCCUUCUGAACACCUUGCAGGGAAAAUGAUUGUGGUGUCUUCAGUCCAAUUAAUGUUUUUGACAGCUAAUUCUUUAGCCUUUUUUAAGUCUAUGUACUUAAUUCACACUCUCGUAGCUGGGUUCCCAUUUAGCUGUGUCAUUAUGGUUAUGAUGGCUUACAUGGCAUUGUCGUAUUGUUGUUCUAUUGCUGAAAUUGUAAGUCCUAAAGGUAUCGUUUGGACUCCGUUUUCCAUUUUUCUGAGUGUAGGUUAUGCAGUAGUUGUUUUUCCGGGAAUCUUCAAGAGAGGCCUUAAAAUGCUUACCGCCACGUACAGUAGGAACCUAGGAAGAAAAGUGAAUUUAUUUUUAGCUCCCGCUUGAUUAUAUUUUGUUGUUAGAGUCGACAAUAUUGUUUGUAAUGUUAUUGUUGCACAUGCUUUUAAUAUAUUUAAUGAAGUUGUUUCUUUCACCGU